AUGCCGAUUGAACGUGUAGAUGUCGUGUCGCCAGUGUCUCUCUGCACUGAGACACUCAUUAAAGAAAAGCAGUCGACGCUUCUGACAAAGCUAGGGCUGGAGCACACCCAGCUGCAGCGGGAGCACUCCCAGCUCGUCCAGGAGCACUCAAAGCUCGUCCUUAAGCACUCAAAGCUGCUGACAGACUAUAAUAAGCUGUUGAAAGCAGACACGCUAAAGGACCGAGCCCCUUUUGAGCUCCAAAAUGAGAGAGAGUCUCUCAAAGAGAAAAAGAAAGAGUGCAACAUGUUAACUUCUCAGCUCCGUGAUGUGAAAGCUGAGUGUAGAAAACAUGAGCAAAGAUGGAAGGUGGCGGAGGAGAAGCUAAUGGAGGUGACGUCUGUCCUCAGUGAGUCUGUGAGAACCAACAGCAUCCUGGAGGACACCGUAAGAAAGCUGGACAGCAAAGUUAAAGGCUGUGAGGGACAAAUCAGGCAGUUAACAGAGCAGGUGGACUGCCUGAAAGCCUACCAGCUUCGUUUCGAAGGCGACCUAACAGAAUGUGUAGAGGUCAUUAACCACCCUGCCAUUCUGAGGAAAAAAAUCAUAGAAUUGAGAGUAUUUUACAUCAAGGACAACGUGGAGCCGUUGGAUGGGAUCGCUGCAGCUCAAAUCUGUACAGCCGAGAAACCUGAUUUGAGGAGAAAAAUAGGGGCCGGGCUGUGGAAGGAAACUCAGCGCGUGAAUCCGAUCAGAAUCUCGGACCGUGAGUAUGAACGCCUGUGGGAAAAUUUCUCAGAGUACAAAAAGGAACUGGAGGCAGCGAUGGGAAAGCCUCUAACCGCUGAGAAAGAGCGAGAAAUCUGGCUGGAUAUGACCACCAUGAUAUCCUCAUUUGUGCAGCCUGACACCAGCCCCCCCAUCCUCAAACCACAUCCACCUGCAAAUCCCAGAACCCCCAUCACAUCUAACAAAAGAACAGUCAAACCAAUGGCUACCAAUUCGAAGACGCCUUGGUGCUCCAAACCCCCCUUACCCCCCAUCAAAAAUGGUCAUGCCCACUAA